AUGGGGUCCAACGAUAUCCCGCUGGACGAGAUCCAGUGGCAUCAUCCUCAGCUCGCCGACUCCAUGCAGGGUAUUCAUAGCAACAGCGUGCUCUUCUACUUUGCCGAGUCCCCCUUCUUCGACAAGACCUCCAACAACGCCGUUAUUGCCAACCAGGCCAUGUUCAACCCCGCAAUGUAUCAGUAUAUACAAACACGCGAAGCCUUCGAGGCUCGUCUGAAGACCAUGAGCGGCGUCGAGUUCAUUGUCGCCGAGCAGCCUGCCCAGAUGGCCCCCGGGACAGGAACUGGCGUCUGGGUCAUCCGCAAGCAGACCCGACGGAAGCGGCCGGGAGACGACGACGAAAUCAACGUCCACUCCACCUACUACGUCGUCGGCUACAACAUCUACAUGGCUUCCACCCUCGCCGACAUUCUGAGCUUCAGGAUGGCCACCAUCACCAACUCUCUGCGCAAGUGCUUCCCAGCUGCAGAUGACGCAAGAACCUGGUCCCCAGCCCAGGGACACGCAUACAAGCCCUUGCCCGUGGCCACAAAUCCCAAGGAGCGUCAGUUGGCUGCCUCGAAAGAAGACACUCCCCUGCCCGACAGCCAGGCGAGCAAACCAUCCGAGACAAAGAAGUCAGCACAGUCCUCCGUGCUCGACGCCCGCCUGGCCGAGCACUCCUUCGCCAUCCAGAUGCAGUACGGUGGCGAGUACAUGGACGAGAAUCCCAUCACAGGCCACCCUGGAAGCUUUCAUCUCUCCUCCACCGGCCGCAAGGACACCAGACCACGUGCCACCCCCGCCCUCAACCCGCUGAACACCAACUUGAAGAACCCAGUCACAGCCAAGCCCGCCGACAAGAAGGAAGGGAACAAGGAGGCCAAGACCCCCAAGACCCCCAACAGUGGCAUCUCCAAGCCCAAGCGCAAGAAGACCAAGUCAGGACUGACCCCCGGAGCUACCCCGACAGCCAUGUAG